UUUGAUAAUUGUAAAUAAAACUCUUACUAAUUCAAACACAAAACUAAAAUGCCAAUUUUGCAAAUUGAUACAAAUUUGUCAAUGACUAAUGUGCCGUUAGAUUUUACAGUAAAGACUUGUGAACUAAUGGCAGAUGUAUUUGAAUCACCAAUAAAAUUUUGUGUUGUGCACAUAAAUCCUGAUCAAGAGAUAUAUUGGUAUGGGUUAGAUGGUCCGUGUGUCUUAGGAACAUUAAAACUAGUACGCGGUUCUGGAAAAAUCAGUCCUGAACAAAAUAUUAUACAUGCCGAAAAACUUGUAAAACACAUUAGUGAUAAUUUAAACCUAACCAAUAAGAAGUAUAAGCAUAUACAAUUAUUAUUUAUAAAAAUUCAAUGUUUCAAAUAUAUAACUAGAUUCUCAAUUUAUUAUUUCAGUAUAUCAAUAUCAUUUGUCGAACAAGAUGCAGACAAUGUUACAAUAUUUAAUACUACUGUAUCAAACUUUUUGGAAAAUAAAAAUUAAAUAUUAACAACACAGUACAAAAACAUAACUU